CAGCCACUGUCUGCCUUUUUCACUGAGCCACUAUUAAGAUGGGGAACGAUUCUUCUAACGAACAGUCAAGACCACCAAGCCCUUCACAGCGACCAGAUACCCCGGGACUUACUUCCGCUGUUAGCAUGGGUUUCUUCUCUGUACCGUUCGAACGCUUCGUUCGCGAUGAUAUCUCUGAGUGGACGGGCGCUUUUACACUUCUCGACACCAUCGAGACGUUCUUCGACUCUCGUAUGGAUUUGCUCGAGAGGCGGUUGAAGAAGCACUCCGAUAAACUCAAGAUGCGUGCUGAAGAGGCAUUCAAGUUUAAGACUCCUGCAGGAGAGCUCUUUGUUGCAAAGGAUCUGGAUAAGGAGGUGCAAAAAUUCAAGUUGAAGGUAUCAAGUCAAAUGGCGUCCCUGUCCAAUGCAUGGCAAUCUUCGAAGGUCAUUCGAACGCGGGAGAAGAUAUCGUUUUUCUUCGGUGUUAUGUCUCUUCUCCUGACUGCACUCCUAUUCGGCAUGGCUCCGCAGUGGCUGCAUAUCUCAUAUACGAUCCAAGCUCUAUAUCUCCUUCCGCUUCGCGCGUAUAAUUACAAGAAACGCGCUUGGCACUAUUUCUUGUUUGAUUUGUGUUACUAUGCGACGAUUCUCAACUUCAUGUAUAUCUGGAUUGCACCUGGAAGUGCGACGCUUUGGAUUGCGUGCUAUUGCAUGUCACAUGGGUCCCUUGCUAGUGCGGUCAUUACAUGGAGGAAUAGUCUUGUCUUCCAUGAUUCUGACAAAGUCACCUCGCUCUUUGUGCACAUGUAUGCCCCGUUGGUAUUCACUGUCAUUAGACACCACUACCCGAACGUAGAAACUCGAUUCCCUGCGGUCACAAAGGUUCCUCACCUGAAUCCGGCCAAAGCAUUUGGUCUCAGCGCUUUAAUCUACAUCAUCUGGCAAAUUCUGUAUUGGAAGUUCGUCUUAGUCGAUCGUCGCAAGAAGAUUGAAUCAGGAGAGCGUACAACGUCUUUCUCAUGGAUGUUAAACGACAAGAGAGGCGUCAUAGGACGUAUGCUCGGACAUGUCCCACAGCAUUAUAGAGAACUCUCCUUUAUCACGGGACAACUCUUCUAUACACUACUUGUAGAACUUCCAGUUCCCCUGUUAUACCGAAGUUCUUUCUUCAGUUCAGCAUUCCUGCUUGCCAUAUUUUCCGUGAGUGUAUGGAACGGUGCAGGGUUUUACAUCGAAGUCUUUGGUCGAAAGUUUGAACGAGAACUUGAAGCAUUGAGAAAGGAACUCGCCGAAGCGGCAGCCACGCGCUCAGGAAGAGCGACACCCGUUGAUUCACAAGGAGGUCUCGCACAUUCGCGGAACGCCAGCGAAGAUAACUUCUCUUCAGUAUCAACGGAGUCUCCGGUAUUCGUUGCGCAGGACCUUCCGCCAACUGAACUGUCUGCCAGUCCGGUCAGCGGGAUCGUUUCUCCGCCGUCCUCUAUAUCACUCGAGCCGAAGAAGGACCGGUAACCCGUAUACAUGGUGUCGCCUGCUUAUUUUCCGUUUUCUUUUUAUUCCUAGUCUUUUCCCAGUCUAAUAUGUUGUUACGUUACGAACUUUUAUGACGCCCUUUCACAUUGUCGCGUUCAUGCUUUCGCUGUUCAUUCCGCGUAAUUAAAACGGUUCUUCCACUUUAACGUUUAGUUUUCCGAUUCUGAUUAGUCUCAUUAUACAUGCAUUGUCUACACUCGCGCCUUUACCUUUUACCUUAUAUUGUC